UUACUGGUGCUGGUGACAGAUAUGUGAAGUGCUAUGAAAUGCUUCAAACAUGUCCUUGUAGAUGUGAAAUUGGGGUAUAGCCAUAUGUUGGGCACCUGGCAUGCCCUGCACCUUUGGGCAUUCAAGACACACCAAACAACUUGUCCAGUGGACAAAUGCCCGAUUCCAUGCAGCAAUUUCUUGAUCAGAACACUUUCCCUCUCAAUACCGUGCUUUGUGUCGCUUGUCGUCAUGAACGCUUUCAUGAAGCUGAUGUUCUUUACUGCAUGUUUGCUGUUUGCCAAAGGUGUUUCGAGCGAGGACAGCUGUGAUGCUGCUGCGUCCAGCCGUGUGCUAUUGCAGAAGACGGUGGCCAAGAGCGAACUUGCGACUGCAGCGGCGUUCAGCUGGAAGUUGGCUGGUCCAGGUGAAUCAUGCGACGUUGGCUGCGCAAGCUAUGGGAUGUUCUGUCAUGGCUCGCAGAUCUUUUCCGUGGACAGCGCUCAGCAGGUGAUUGCUGCUGCCCAGGAAGCGGGACUGACAUGCAACGGCACAGCAGGCUGGGGCUAUGAGAACAUGCCUGCUAUUUGCAGCGAUGCGUCCUGUUGUGGUGGCAACUGUGUUGGUAUUUGCGCCUAUGGCAUCCAAUUGACGAACAGCUGUGGUGGAAACGCGGGCGGAAGCUAUUCCCGGCUCUGCCCAUGUGGCAACGAAGCAGAAGUCACCACGACCACAACUACCGCGCCCACCGUCAUCGUGGCAAAGUCAAAACCUCCGGGCUUUGAACGAAGUCUGUUUCUUCUGCCAGCUGAGCCCAUGCUGAUGCUCGCAACGAUCCCGGCGGCCUCAAAGACUGGCAAGGAGCCUGCCAUCCUCAGUGGAAUUUCGGAUGCUGCUGCUGAAGAUUUUCUGAAAAGUUUCCAACCUGAGACCACCUUCAUGGUUGGUGCAGCUCAAAGCAUGCCUGGUCUUGCCAACACUGUCCAAUUGGAGGCGACAAGCCCAUGUUCGGCAUCGCUGGUGCUGGCGAAACACUUUUGGCCCGAGACUUCCAAGGCGGUGGUGGCGAAAUGUGACAACUACGCAGCUGCUUUGAUGGCGGCUCCAUUGGCAGCGCAGCAGUCUGUGCCUCUGAUCUUGGAUGAUGGCAGCGGUUUGACGUCCAUCUUUACCGAGCUGAAGAUCACUGAUGUCACCUACGUUGGAUCAGACGGAUGGUCAUUUGGCGGCGUGACCGUCUCGACGUUGCACACGGCGGGGGAUGUCUUCAACGCCUUGGGCAAACCGGAGUACUUGGCGGUGGUGAACCCUGCAGACCAAAGCAUGUCGCCAUUCCAGUCCCUGUCUGCACUGGCUCCCAUGCUAGCAACACUUCGGAACGGGGCGGUCCUUCCCCUCGAGGGGGACAUCUCGGCGGCUGCGGCCAAGGACCAGAUUCAACGGCACGUGGCUGCCCAUGGAAUGCCCAAAUUCCUGGCCCUGGUGGGAGGGCCGCAGGCCAUCCCCUUGCACUGUGAGACAGGUACACUUUUCUUCGAAGAGAAGUGUCGCGAUGCUCCUUACGGUGAUUUGGAUGAGGACAUGUUCAUGGAUGUGGCCUUGGGUCGUGUGGUGGCCCGAGAUUUGAGCUCUGGCAGCUUAUUGGUUUCUCGCAUUGCCAACUAUGAGUAUGUCCGUGAUCCAGAAUCAGAGGGAAAGUACGCCAUGGGUGGCAAAUUAAAAUCCUCUGCGGAUACGUGGCGUCCAGCCCUGGAGAAUGUGGGAUUUGCAGCCCCUGAGAUUGUGGAAUAUUUGGACAUCCUCAAGCUCAAGAAGCUUCAUGUCUCAGCCUUCCUGCACCUUGAUCAUGCGGGGGCUGGUGGCAUGGGGCACUCUUUCAGCUAUGCCUCAGAGGUUCUCUUCUCUCCUUCCAUCUUCAGCUCAGGUGGAUGUUCAACCGCUGGCUUCGACAAAUUGUCAGAUCCCAAGGACUCUGUGGUCCUCACUUUGCUCCACUACGGUGCAGUGGGUUUUCUGGGUGGCCCGCGGAAUGCUAUCACAGGCUCUGGCUUGGUGCACUCGACCUUCUGGAAUCAGAUUGCAUUGAAGAAGACAAUGGGAGAAGCCUUCAAAGAUGGUUGGAACAACAUUGCCGUAAAUUUCCAAGAUCAACCAGGUGAAGAGGUGAUCGCCAACUACGUCAUGAUGAACAUCGCCCUCUUCGGGGAUCCCGCCUUCCAGCUCUUCAUCCCCGGCACGCCGCGGGAGACGCCCGCGGAGGUGAAGUUGGAGAAUGGCCUGCUGGUGGCAUCCGGACCUGAAAGGUGGACCAAGUAUAAGGCAGAUCAGUCCCUUGCAGACGAAUGGUCAUGGCAUGGAAAUCUAUACUACUUUGGAGCACCAGGGGCUUCAUCGCAAAAGUGGUAUGGACAUGGUCAUGACAACGAAUACCCCUACCUCUAUGCAAGGUUCACGACCACGCAGGACGUGGUGUCCCUGAAAGCAGUCGAGAAUGUCACGUUACCUUUGGGAUGGACUGGGCCAGAGCGUGGUAGAGGCUACAUUGGUGCUGCAGGCACUGGCGUCUAUGUGGACAAACAUCCAGAUGGCUCCAGGACCCUCUUGUGGAGAGUGCGGCUUCUGGACUAUGACUGUGAGACAGGCGAAGUGAAGGACACAUUUGUGAAGCAGAGCUAUGAAAUCAUCACAACCACAACGGUCACAACGAUGAGCCCAGUGGGAAGUUGCAAGGCAUCCUGCAGUGCAGCAGGCUUUUGCUGCGGAACCAAUAGUGGUUGUGCACUUCCGAGCUGCCAUCAAGGUUGUGAGGUUGGGCUGUAUGAAGAAAGCGUUUGGUCCUGCAUUGAGAAAUGCCAGACUAUGACCGAAUGCUUUCAGUGGAAUGUCGCCUGGGGCCAUUCGAACUUGUGCACUUCGUGCGCAGACACCUGCGAUGGGGAGCAUUGCGAGCCAGCGGGUGGAUGUGAACAUGCCUGCCAUUCCCUUGGUUUGCCGGCUCCGCCCACCACAACCACCACCACUCCACCUGGUCCGCUCCAAAUUUGCAAGAUGAAGUGUGCAGACGAUGGCUUCUGCUGUGGUUCGGACAGUGGGUGUGAGCGGCCAAGUUGCCAAAUCGGCUGUGAACUCGCCCUGGUUUCAGCGACCAAAGACGCCUGCCUGGAGAGUUGCAAAGGAAUGACGGGCUGCUUCAAUGAGGUGCAUGGGCCUUCUGGAAGUAGCUGGGCCAACCAGUGCACUUCUUGCUCCAGCACUUGCAAUGGUAACCACUGCGAGCCCGAGAAAGGCUGUGAGCACGCAUGUUCCAACGUUUUCGGCUAGUUAUGGAACAAGUCCCCACUGCCUAUGUAAGGUAGGUAGGAGAACUCGGAGGACCUCUUCAUUGGUUGUCGUCAGGCAGACAACAUAGUUAUGACUCACCAUGGGCCCACUGACUCUGAAAGGGCGAUGGAGCCUUGGUCCUUGACUAAUGUCGGAGGACUUUUGCACAUCAUUGACCUUCGCUUCGAUCAUUGUCUGGCGGCGCAGACAGAAAAAGGGCGUUGUUGGCACUUCGAUGCAUCCGGCGUUUUUUGUUGACGGAAAUUUCAUGCCCUUGGAGCGAUGGUUGAGCGCGAGCCAGUGAAGCUUUGAAACAUACCAAGAAGGAUGGCAAUUUUCGGAAGGAACAUCGGUAAUAUAGGAAUAUAUAG